GAACUGGAACCCGAGUGGAGGCUCCAACUGGUCUUUGUUCUCGCCACUUUAGACGCCAGAAACUUACAAAGCGGGAUUAAGUGAAAUUUCGCGCUCUUCCGUGAUCGUCCUUUGCCAGUUCAUUACCUCGCUAUAGAAAACCAAUUGACCAUUGCCAGUGAUAAUUGUGCAAAGUAAACGAAAAGAAACUCGCGUAAAAUUAUUUCAAGUGCUGUUUUUUUUAGCUGAAAUUGUCAAACAAAUUAUACAGUGUGCCAUUGUGCUUGCGUGAGUCGGACAAAAACGUUGCAAAUUGACGUGAUUUGUGUUAUUUUCUGGAUUUUAUCGAUAAAACUGACAAUCUAUAGAGAUAAGAAAUUGUUCUGUGAUUCGAAUAUUUAUUGUUAAUCCAAAGAUUAUGCUGAAGAGGAAUUGCAUUUGACUGGGAGAUUUCAGCUGAGAUUAAUCUCCGUCAAAACAAAAAAUAAAUAUCAACAGUUGAUAAAAAAAAGAAACAUUACCAAAGACCACAGAUUAAAGAUGAACAAUGAAAAUGAGCUCAUGCUCAAUUCACAUGAGAAAAAGUCUCGCGAAAUCACACUACUCAAAUCCAACCAGUCGAUCUUUGGUCCGGAUAAAGCGAUUAAAAUUGUUAGUUCAAAAUCUCAAUUGAGCGAUGGAGCCAGAAUUUACAAGAGUCCCAAUGAGAGACGCGGAGUUAUUCACCAGCUCCUCGUCACCGGCGCCGUGCUGAUCUUGACGGCUGCCUGCGGAAUGCCCAUCGGCUACUCGGCAGUGCUCCUGCCACAACUGUCCGGCAACACGACAGAUCCUCUGAGGCUGGAUGUGACGAUGGGCUCUUGGAUUGCCAGCAUUCACAGCGCUGCCACGCCAGUCGGCUCCUUCGCGUCGGGACCCAUCAUGGAUAUCCUCGGCAGGAAGACGGCGCUGCUCAUUUCCAUUCUGCCUCUGGUUGGCGGUUGGACUUGCAUCGCUUUGGCUCAGUCUCAUCUGUUGCUCCUCAUCGGACGCGUGGUUUGCGGAGUCGCCGUGGGACUCAUCAGUGCUCCUGUUCAGGUGUACAUCGCAGAAAUAGCGGAGCCGAGACUGCGAGGAGUGCUGAUUGGGGCGCCGUUUGUGGCCUAUUCCGUGGGCAUUCUGUUCAUUUACGGCUUAGGCGCUGCCCUUCAUUGGCGAGCUGUAGCAUGGUGUGCCAUAAUUUUGCCCACAAUCUCCUUCUUGGCCGUUAUCUUCGCCCCUGAGACUCCGACGUGGCUCAUCCGACACAACCUCACGGCCAAGGCCUCGGCGGCACUGUCCUUCCUCAGAGGCGAUGACGAGAAAGGAAAGCGCGAGCUGCAGCAGCUCACCAUGAGAUAUGAGCGCGAGAAAGCCCUCAUGACGGCGUCCAGUGAGAGAUUCGUCAACAUCCUCAAGCGGAAGUCCGUGAUGAAGCCAUUAAUUAUCAUCAACACAUUCAACAUGAUCCAGGUGAUUUCGGGCGUGUAUCUGGUCAUCUUCUACGCAGUCGAUAUAAUCAAGGAGUUCGGCGGAGACACUUUGACGCCAACCAUGGCGGCGGUGUUCACGGCGGUCGUACGCCUCAUUUCCACCAUCAUCUACUGCUUCCUGCUCAUGUACACAUCACGCCGCAUGAUGAGCAUUUUAUCUGGCUUGGGAACUGGCAUUGCCGCCACGUCUCUGGCCAUCAUCUUCUACGUCCAUCCUGAGAACAUGGGUGGUGGUUUGAGAGUUCUCUGUGCCGUAUUUCUGGUAAUCUACAUCGGCUGCAGCACCGGAUACAUGGUCCUACCUGGGAUAAUGGUGGGGGAAUUGCUGCCCGCGAGGAUUAGAGGACAAGUGGCGGGCUACAUCUUCUGCCUGUUCAACCUUGGCCUGUUUAUUCUAGCCAAGGGCUACCCAUACGUGAAGGACGAUAUGAAGACAAGUGGACUGUUUCUUAUGUUUGGAGUUUCUUCAUUGGUUGGCGUGAUCCUGCUCUACAUAGUUUUCCCUGAGACCAAAGGCAAAACCCUGGGCGCCAUUGAGGAUUACUUCAUGGAGAAUCCUUGGAUGUGGUCGAGGAGAAAAAGUGCAGUGAACCGUCGCGAUAUGACAAGAUCUUAGAU